UGGAGCAGCCAAGAUGGAGCCGGUAGCCGGCGGCCCGAGCCAGCUGAUCCUGAACAACAAACAGCCCCAGCCGCCGCCACCUCCGCCGCCCGCAUCCGCGCAGCCUCCGCCUGGGGCACCGCGGGCCGGCGGGGGCCUCCUGCCCGGGGGCAAAGCCCGAGAGUUCAACCGCAACCAGCGCAAAGACUCGGAGGGCUAUUCUGAGUCGCCAGACCUCGAGUUUGAGUAUGCAGACAUGGACAAGUGGGCUGCAGAGCUCUCUGAGCUUUACAGCUACACGGAAGGGCCAGAGUUCCAGAUGAAUAGAAAGUGCUUUGAGGAGGACUUCAGGAUCCAUGUGACAGACAAGAAGUGGACCGAGCUGGACACCAACCAGCAUCGUACCCAUGCCAUGAGGCUCUUGGAUGGCUUGGAAGUCACUGCCAGAGAGAAGAGGCUCAAGGUGGCCCGAGCAAUUCUGUAUGUUGCUCAAGGCACCUUUGGGGAGUGCAGCUCAGAGGCGGAGGUGCAGUUCUGGAUGCGCUACAACAUAUUCCUGCUCCUGGAGGUGGGCACGUUCAGUGCUCUGGUGGAGCUUCUGAACAUGGAAAUAGACAACAGUGCCGCCUGCAGCAGUGCGGUGAGGAAGCCUGCUAUCUCCCUGGCUGACAGCACAGACCUGAGGGUCCUGCUCAACAUCAUGUACCUGACUGUGGAGACUGUUCACCAGGAGUGUGAGAGUGAUAAGGCCGAGUGGAGGACGAUGCGGCAGACCUUCAGGGCUGAGCUGGGUUCCCCACUGUACAACAACGAGCCAUUUGCCAUAAUGCUGUUUGGGAUGGUCACCAAAUUUUGCAGCGGCCAUGCUCCUCACUUCCCCAUGAAGAAAGUUCUCUUGCUGCUCUGGAAGACAGUAUUGUGCACGCUGGGUGGCUUUGAGGAGCUGCAGACCAUGAAGGCUGAGAAACGCACCAUCCUGGGCCUCCCCCCACUGCCUGAAGACAGCAUCAAAGUGAUCCGCAACAUGAGGGCUGCCUCACCUCCAGCGUCUGCCUCGGACUUGAUUGAGCAGCAGCAGAAAAGGGGCCGCCGGGAGCACAAGGCUCUGAUAAAGCAGGACAACUUGGAUGCCUUCAAUGAGCGGGACCCGUACAAGGCUGAUGACUCUCGAGAGGACGAGGAGGAGAACGAUGAUGACAACAGUCUGGAGGGGGAGACAUUCCCCCUUGAGCGGGAUGAGGUGAUGCCGCCCCCACUACAGCACCCCCAGACCGACCGACUUAACUGCCCCAAGGGGCUUCCAUGGGCUCCCAAGGUCAGAGAAAAAGACAUUGAGAUGUUCCUCGAGUCCAGCCGCAGCAAGUUCAUAGGUUACACCCUUGGCAGUGACACGAACACAGUGGUGGGGCUGCCCAGGCCAAUCCACGAAAGCAUCAAGACUCUGAAACAGCACAAGUACACAUCGAUUGCAGAGGUCCAGGCACAGAUGGAGGAGGAGUACCUUCGCUCUCCUCUCUCAGGGGGAGAAGAGGAAGUCGAGCAAGUUCCUGCAGAAACCCUCUACCAAGGCUUGCUCCCCAGCCUGCCUCAGUAUAUGAUUGCCCUGCUGAAGAUCCUGCUGGCUGCUGCUCCCACCUCCAAGGCCAAAACGGACUCAAUCAAUAUCUUAGCAGAUGUCCUGCCUGAGGAGAUGCCCACAACAGUGUUGCAGAGCAUGAAGCUGGGGGUGGACGUGAACCGCCACAAAGAGGUCAUUGUUAAGGCCAUUUCUGCUGUCCUGCUGCUGCUGCUCAAGCACUUUAAGUUGAACCACAUCUACCAGUUUGAGUACAUGGCCCAGCACCUGGUGUUUGCCAACUGCAUCCCUUUGAUCCUUAAGUUCUUCAAUCAAAACAUCAUGUCCUACAUCACCGCCAAGAACAGCAUUUCUGUCUUGGAUUAUCCUCACUGUGUGGUGCAUGAGCUGCCAGAGCUGACUGCGGAGAGCCUGGAAGCAGGUGACAAUAACCAGUUUUGCUGGAGGAACCUCUUUUCUUGUAUCAAUCUGCUUCGAAUCUUGAACAAGCUGACAAAAUGGAAGCAUUCAAGGACAAUGAUGCUGGUGGUGUUCAAAUCAGCCCCCAUCCUGAAGCGGGCCCUGAAGGUGAAACAAGCUAUGAUGCAGCUGUACGUACUGAAGCUGCUCAAAGUGCAGACCAAAUACCUGGGGCGGCAGUGGCGGAAGAGCAAUAUGAAGACAAUGUCAGCCAUCUACCAGAAGGUGCGGCAUCGGCUGAACGACGACUGGGCGUAUGGCAAUGAUCUUGAUGCCCGGCCUUGGGACUUCCAGGCAGAGGAGUGUGCCCUCCGGGCCAACAUUGAACGCUUCAAUGCCCGACGCUAUGACCGGGCCCACAGCAACCCUGACUUUCUACCAGUGGACAACUGCCUGCAGAGUGUCCUGGGCCAGCGGGUGGACCUCCCCGAGGACUUCCAGAUGAACUAUGACCUCUGGUUAGAAAGGGAGGUUUUCUCCAAACCCAUUUCCUGGGAAGAGCUGCUGCAGUGAGGCUCCUGGCCUGGGGACUGAGAAGGGAAGGAGUGAUUCCAGGCUGCCCACGGAGGAUGGUCCAGUUCAUUGCUGCAGUGCUCCCGUCCCCCUCCAGGUGGCAGCACAGCCCCACUCUGCCCUCCGGAGCCAACACUGGGCUUGUGGAUGAGUCCAGGUUUGGCCUCUCCUUGAUUCCCAGCCUAGCGUCCUGCUCAGGAGCAGUCAUCUCUCUACUUGGAAUCCUCUUCCUUCAUUCCCCCUGCUCUGUUGGAUAUGGUUAGUUGCAGCCCAUUUCUCAAUCAGCCCAAGGCUUGGUAAAACCAGGGUGAGCUGGGUUCUCCCUGCAUCUGAAUUUUAGGGGUUACAAGCUGACUCUGGAGGCAUACAGAUCCUUGCAUGUCAGCUAUUCAAGGAGGAGGAGUUAGGGCCAGGGCCAGAAAGUUAGCAUCCUGGUUUUGCUCUGGCGGUAAGUUGCAUCCAGAAGCAAUUGCAGAGGCCCCCACAGCUGCCUCAGCACUUUGGUUUGGACAGAGUGGGGGUAGGAAAAGAAGUUUCCUUUAACCAGAGGUGCCAUUUUUUUUCUUGGUUUGCUAAGGGCCUGUAAAUAUACAUAAAUCUGUGUGUAUUCUCUUGUGUUAUGUUGGGGUUUUUAAUGUGUUUAUGUAUUCUAUUUACAUUAAAA